CCACAAGUGCGGAAAAUGAUAACGAAAAGUUUUUUGUUCAUCCUAAUCACAUUCUUGAUAGGUUUCUCCCUCGAGACUCCAGUUGAUCGGAACGGGAAUGGAAGUCCCAUGACGAUGAGGGGUUUCAACAACAGCCUUGGCACCUAUGUGGAGUACAGCGGUCGGGCAUCGAUAGCCUUUGAAGAUUGGACCAUAUAUGCCAGCUUUAAUUUGGAGUCACUUUUUCCGGCCAUGACUGUCUUCAAAAAAGUCUAUAAAGCUCUUCGAGAUAAUUGCGAAAUAAGUCCCAAACUGUGCCCAGAUAUUAUUGAAUUGAUAAAGUUUUCGGACUCAAUUCUUCAAGAUGGCCUGGUUGAUACAGAGGAUCCUCAGGUUUUUAAGGUCAAACCUUUCCCUCUCGGUAGAAAUGACAUGGCCAACGAGAUGACGAAUAAAUCCUCCUUCAUAGACAGCACAAUAAACGUUCACGUAGGUCUAGUGGAACUCGAUAUUGAUUCUCCAGACUUUGAAGCCAAAGACAGUCCAGACUGGUUUAUUGAAAGAAUGAAAAACCAUCUUAAUCUUUUGGGUGCCCAGUUGAAAAGGUCGCAGGAUGCCAUACUUGAAGCAGUGAUCUCCGCCCAUCAGGGGCAACUCAAUCCUCUUAUCCUUUCCAUCAAGCAGUUGGAUGCGGAGAUGCUUAAAAUUCAGGCCCAUCUUCCACGGGGACGUCGACUGCCCUUCGAUCAAUCCACAAUUGCCGAUAUUUACCGCGUUGCUUCCGUAAUACCUCAGCAGUUGGAAAACUAUUUGGUCUUCCAAAUCUCAAUGCCCCUGAUCGAUGUGGAACAGUUUAAUAUCUAUCGAUUAACACCCAUUCCGCGGCUGGACAAUGGCAAAAUCCAACUGGUGGACACCGAAACCCCAUAUCUGGGUAUCAACGAUCAUAUGGACAGGUAUUUUCCACUUCAGAACCUGGAUGACUGCACUGAAUUGGCCGGGGAAAGGUUCAUCUGUAAGCACAAUCAAAUAACUUAUGGAAAUGGAGAUGACAGCCUUGCCUGUUCCCUGGCGGCUAUAAGAAAUGAGUCCUCCAAUGGGUGCACUUUCCGCCAGGUGGAUAGGAGUAGCAUGUGGACCCAGCUGGUGGAACCGAAUUCGUGGAUGGUGGCCCUCACCAAGGAACUGAGUUUGAUGGGUGUGUGCUCUGGGGAAAGCCAGGAACUCAGAAUAAAUGGCAGUGGAAUCGUGAGCAUUCGGAGUGACUGCAUCGUCCGGAGUUCAGCUGUCACUCUGCAAGGGGAACCCCAGAAAAGAAUUCCCCUGAAAAAAGGAUAUGCAUCGUUGCAGUUGACCAACAAGACCUCCCAGGAAAUAGGAAUCAUGGAAUCGUUUAAUAACCUUCUUAAGAUUGCUACCCAACUGAAAGUGUAUCAGGAAAAACUCGAAGCAGUCGGGGAUUAUCCAAUGACCGUCGUUGUUGUUUGCCCCGUAAUUGUGCUGCUCACCUUAUUAAUAUCGCUUUCCUGGUUAUAUCUCAACCACCGUAGAAGACAACUCCCAGGGGCACAAAAUCCAGUCAGCGAAAUCGAUAGUCUCCAAGACAGCAAAAAUGAAACCACAACCAGUAAUCUUCCACUGCUGGAAAAACAAGAAAUUUAGAAGAUUUCAGGUCUGCAAACCGAUCUUAACUCAUUUAAAAAUAAUUUUGUAUUUGAUUUUCUUAAUAAAACUUGUUCAGCGGGUUAA